CCCAUAAAAUUGGAAUUUGGAACCCUAACCCCAAUUGUUUCCUAAAACCCCAACGCCUCCUAAAAGGCUAAAACCUUCCAAUUUUGAUUCUUCAUUGUCUUGACUAUUCUACACAAUUGCAUCACGCAAUCGCCGGCGUUUCCCAAAUCCUAAUCACACACAGAUACCAAUUUCACUCUCUCUAUAUAUCUAUCGCUGAUUCCAGAUUGUAUGGCGAUCAAUCAAGACCCGUAUCCGACUUGAAUUGUCAGUGUAGUCUUUCUGAAAGCUGAAUUUGUGAAUCUCUCAGUUUUUUUCUGCCAUGGCGACCGAGAAGUUUCAGCAGCCGGAGCUCAUUCCGCCGGAUUUUCACCCGGAGAUCGUCGUCUCGGCGGCGCACGACGGGCUGCAGUUCUGGCAGUUCAUGGUGGCGGGUUCAAUCGCCGGCAUGGUGGAGCACAUGGCCAUGUUCCCCGUGGACACCGUCAAGACCCAAAUGCAAGCCCUAGGGUCUUGCCCGAUCAAAUCCGUCGGCGUUCGCCAGGCCCUCCAGUCCAUCCUCAGAUCCGAGGGCGUUUCCGGGCUUUACCGCGGGAUUGGGGCCAUGGGCCUCGGAGCGGGCCCGGCCCACGCGGUAUACUUCUCCGUUUACGAAUUCUGUAAGGAAACAUUUUCCGGCGGGAACCCUAAUAACUCCGCCGCCCACGCGGCGGCGGGCGUGUGCGCCACAGUCGCCAGCGACGCCGUGUUCACGCCCAUGGAUAUGGUGAAGCAGCGCCUCCAGCUCACCAGCAGUCCGUACAAGGGCGUGAUGGAUUGUAUGCGGGUAGUGUUCAGAGAGGAGGGAAUUAGGGCUUUUUAUGCGUCGUAUAAGACCACGGUGCUUAUGAAUGCACCGUACACGGCCGUGCAUUUCGCCACAUAUGAGGCGGCGAAGAGAGGUUUAUUAGAGGUUUCGCCCGAGAGCGCAAGCGAUGAACGGUUGAUAGUUCAUGCUACUGCCGGAGCAGCUGCCGGGACCUCGGCCGCCUUGUUUACAACCCCUCUUGAUGUGGUUAAGACCCAAUUACAGUGUCAGGGUGUAUGUGGAUGUGACAGAUUUAGAAGUAGUUCGAUUAGGGAUGUGCUCAAAACAAUAGUAAAGAAAGAUGGUUAUAGUGGUCUCAUGAGGGGUUGGAUUCCGAGGAUGCUCUUCCACGCUCCUGCUGCUGCAAUUUGCUGGUCUACAUAUGAAGCCGCUAAAUCCUUCUUUCAAGAAUUGAACACCGAUAGCAGUAAUAACAUCACCUAAGAAUCCCGGGAAAUGGUGGCUUGGCUGUUUCCAUCUUGUAUUUUGCUUAUACCUCCCAAGUGCUUGUCCCAUUUAUAUUCUGUCCACUAGGACAACAGGAAAUGAGAACUUAGCAUAUGCGGUUUAGGCUCGAUUUGGCUUAGGUACCCGGUGGCAAUAUCAUUUAUUUUUGUAUUCUCAACAAUAGAAAUAGAAAAAAGCCUCCAAUUUUGGAGCUAAUUGACUGUCUGUCAUCUUUCCUAGGAUAGUGUUACACGCUGAUCAUUCUACCUGGGAUUUUGUAUUCUCAAUGUUGUAAAAGCAUACUCGGAUUCACUCCAAUUUCUUUGGUUAUUCAUUGGUUACAAAGUAACUGGGUAAUCUUACCAUUUCUGUUUUUGAGAA